UUAAGUUAUAUAUUUUUUUAAUAAAAUAUUUAAUGGUGUUAUGGACAGUGAACUUAAAAACACAAUGUAUUAUUACGUGACUCUAUUAUGCAUGUUCAAUAUUCUCUUUGUCAAUGUGAACGGAUUGACUCUGAAAACUUCGAGAGCGUGCAUCAUCGGCGCUGGAUAUUCAGGUUUGGGUGCAGCCCGCUAUAUGAAACAGUAUCACGUCAACUUCACAGUUUUCGAAGCGACUAGAAACUUCGGCGGCACUUGGCAUUUCGAUCCUCACGUUGGUACAGAUGAAGACGGCCUGCCAGUCUUUUCUAGCAUGUACAAUGACUUAAGGACGAAUACGCCACGUCAAACCAUGGAAUAUUACGACUUUCCAUUUCCCGAGGGAACCCCGUCGUAUCCAUCGGCAACGUGCUUCCUCGAUUACUUAAAAUCGUUUGUGAAGCAUUUCGAUUUACUCAGUCAUAUUCAAUUGCGCAGCUUGGUCACAUCAGUGAAGUGGGCGGGCAAUCACUGGAACCUUACUUACACAAAGACGGACACCAAGGAAAAUGUAACUGAGACGUGUGACUUCAUUGUGGUAGCAAAUGGCCCUUAUAAUACUCCUGUGUGGCCCAAGUACGACGGAAUAGACACAUUCGAAGGCAGCAUGAUCCACAGCCAUGAUUACAAAGAUCGGAAGGCGUACAAAAACAGAAAGGUGCUUAUAGUAGGAGCUGGAGCUUCAGGCUUGGAUCUCGCGAUACAGUUGUCCAACGUGACCGCCAAAUUAGUUCACAGCCACCACUUGGUGUAUAACGAACCGAAAUUUUUCGAUGGUUACGUGAAGAAACCAGACAUAAUGGCGUUUACUCCUAAAGGCGUUAUUUUCCGGGACGAAUCAUUUGAGGAAUUGGAUGAUGUAAUUUUUUGCACAGGUUAUGACUUCAACCACCCGUUUCUAGACGAGAGCUGCGGUGUUACCUCAACCGCCAAAUUUGUACUGCCUCUCCAUAAGCAACUUGUCAAUAUAAAACAUCCCAGCAUGGUAUUUCUUGGAAUCGCCAAGAAGAUUAUAACAAGAGUUAUGGAUGCUCAGGCUGAAUACGCAGCACUACUAGCUUCGGGUAAAUUGAAGCUUCCAUCACAGGAGGAAAUGUUGAAUUCUUGGCUGAAACACAUCUCUUCCCUACAGGUUAAGGGCAUGAAAAUUAUCGAUUUAAACGUAGUCGGUUCGGAAAUGGAUCAAUAUUUCGGCAAUUUAACUGAAGAAGCUGGUGUGGUGAGAGCGCCCCCGGUACUCACAGCGAUCAGGGAUUUCAACGGCGUCAACCGUUUGGAUGAUUUGCUCAACUACCGCGAAUACGACUAUAGCAUUAUUGAUAAUUUUCAUUACGAAAGAAAAUAUAAUCCAAGGCAGAACAUACCUUGCCCUGUCGAAGUGUGAUAUUAACUUUUUAAGUACUCUAAUUAUCUAAGUAAUUAUAGUUAGCCGAAGAUAUUACAAAGUUGCUUCAAUAAUGGAGUUGGGAAAUGAACGGAAAGGUUAGUACAUUUUAAGUUUACAAUUGACGCGUCAAUUAUUCUGGUUGUGCGAUUUUUUUUAAAUAAUAAUAAAAAAAACGACUUGUUUAUGAUAUUUACGUAAUAAUUAAAAUUAUUUGUUGGAAAUGUGUACUUUGACAUUCAUUGUUAAAAAUAUAAAUGCAAAGUAAAAAGCAAUUAAUUUGAAUGAAAUAAAUUGAACGCUAAAAUCCGCAUUU